AUAACAGGUAAUUGAUAGUGUGUAAUGAAUGGACCAUUAAUAAUUGAUUGUCUAGGAACAGACUGCUUUUGUUGGCUGAGCUUUCAGUGUUCCAGUGUGAAGCAUAAGCGGUGUACCUUCUGCAUUAUUUUUCUACCAAAUAACAAUAUGAAUAAUGGGAAAAUGCUGAAAAUGCCUAUGCCAAGUACUGACAGUGUGAAAGUAGCAGUGCGAGUGCGGCCUUUUAGUCAGAGAGAGAAGAAUUCUGGGAGCAAAUGUGUGAUUUCCAUGCAUUCCAGGACCACCACCAUUAUACAAGACCCUAAGAAUCCAGAACAUACGAAGACGUUUACUUUUGACCUGGCAUAUUGGUCUCACAAUGGAUUUCAAAAGGAUAAAGAUGGUGUGUUUAUUUCAGCUGAUCCUGGUGGUAAAUUUGCAGGCCAGAAGGAGGUUUUUCAUGAUCUUGGCAGGGGAAUUCUGGACAGUGCUUGGCAAGGCUAUAAUACUACUCUCUUGGCCUAUGGGCAGACUGGCUCUGGAAAAAGCUAUUCCAUGAUUGGGUUUGGUGCAAACAAGGGUAUCAUUCCAAAUGUGUGCGAAGAGCUAUUUCAAGCAAUUGAGAACCGGGACAAAAAUCAAGAAUACCAGGUUACAUUCAGCAUGCUGGAAAUUUACAACGAACAGGUGAGAGAUUUGCUAUCCAGGAUCAAGAAACCUGGAGGGCUAAGAGUAAGGGAGGACCAACAGCUGGGCUUUUAUGUGGAUGGUCUGAAGUCAGUGCCUUGUGAGAACUAUGCCCAGAUUGAAAGACUGAUGGAACAAGGAGCAAAAAUAAGGACCACAGCUUCGACCAACAUGAAUGCCAGCAGCAGCCGGUCUCACAUGAUCAUCACCAUUCAGUUCAAGCAGGUUUUCCUAGACAGAGAUCUCACCAAACAGUCCAGUAUUAACUUGGUAGAUUUAGCUGGAAGUGAAAGGCAGAAAUCUUCAGGAUCAGAAGGAGACAGACUGCGGGAAGGAUCACGCGUUAACCUAAGUUUAACCAAUUUAGGAAAUGUCAUCAGUGCUCUGGCUGAUGCCGCCAUGGGGAAGAAAGUCCUCCAUGUUCCCUACAGAGACUCUGUACUGACCAAACUGCUCCAGUCAGCUCUGGGUGGGAACAGCAGAACUACUCUGAUAGCAGCAAUAAGUCCAGCUGACAUCUGCUAUGAGGAAACUUUAUCAACACUAAGAUAUGCUGAAAGGGCUAAGAAGAUCCGGAACAAAGCUGUUGUCAACACCUCCACCCUGAUGAGGGAGUCCAGGGGAGAGAACGAGAGACUGAUACCUUCUCUGUUUCUCCUCCAGGAGCAGCAGAUGAUGAAAACUUUCCCCCACCUUCUCAACGUCAAUGAAGACCCGCAGCUCACAGGGGUUCUCAAGCACUUCAUUCAGGCUGGUACUUACCCCUCCCCCUGUGACAGACCUCAGCCCUCCAUAGCCCACCCCAGCCUUAGAAUUUCAGAUAAACAUGCUUCCUUCACGAAUUCGGGUGGUAAAGUGAUGGUGACUCCAUACGGCAAAUGUAACGUCAUCGUUAACGGGGUGCCCAUCACGAUCAAGACGAAGCUGCAGCAUUUGGACCGGAUUAUUUUGGGAUCCAACAGCGCCUACCUUUACAUUGGGUUUCCUUCCGAGCGAGGCAGUGAGGACUUGAGCAGAUUUGAUUAUGACUUUUUCCAGCUGGAGAGAGCGGCUGCUGAGGGCGUGAGUGCUGAUAAGCUCGGUGCCAUGAACAGUGGGGAUGGGAAAGCGGACCCCAGUGUCCUGGCUGUGUUCCAGGACUACGUCAAACUGAUGCCACUGGUUGCAGAAGCAAAUCAAAUGAGCAAAGAGCUGAAGAAGGGACUUAAUAUGGAGCUGAAGGUGAAGAAUUUAGCUUCAUCAGAUUCCAGGGGCUGUGACCUACAAAAAGAGGUCAUGGUGAAGGUAACCCAUCAAAGGACUCAUCAGGUGUGGAUUUGGUCAAAAGCCAAAUUUAUCAAUAGGAAAUUCCUAAUGGAGGAACUUUACCAGCGUUUUCUUGAUGGAGAGGACAGCCAGGUAGCCCAGGAAGAUGACCCUUUCUGGGAUCCUGUUGAAGUUGUUCACCUGGGCUCUGCUCACAUCUGGCUCCAGUCCCUUGCCUACUGCAUGAAGUACGAGGAACAAGUGGAAUUUCUGAACUGUGACGGGCUGGAAGAGGCAGUGUUGCAUAUUCACAUAAACCCCUGCUCCCCGACAGGACAAGCACAUGGUGAGGAAGAUGUGGUUACUGACCCAGUGGACCUGCUGGGCAAGAGGAUGGAUUUCCAGAUUCGCCUUGUGCAGUGUCUUGGCACCAAGUGGCUAAAGGAAGAUGCGGAGAGGGGUGUUCAGAUGGGGUACAGAAUUUAUGAUCUUCCAAACACCUUAUAUACCAAGCCUGUGUGGAAAACUGUGAAUCCCCAAAUUGACGAGACUGUCCAAUUUACAACCUUAAAUGCUUCUCAGGAGUUUCUGAAUUAUUUACAGACAAAUGCUCUCAUUGUUGAUUUAUGGGGUCUUCAAGAAGGCUGUGCUGAACUGAGCUGCUCUCGGCUGGACCUCAUGGUUACAGGUGAAGGCCACAUCCUGGUGGACACGAAGAAAAUUUCCACUGUGAUGGAUAUAGGUCAGUCAAACCAGAUACCAGAGCUUUAUCUGAAGCUGCUCAAGUUAGAACAGGAGACGGAACUGCUCAGAAACAUAAACAGAAUCCUCAGAGAGGAAAAUGUGCUUCUUAAAGAAUCUAUUGAGAGAACCAGUUCUAGUCAAGCACAUCAGCCUUCCAGUACCCGAAAGAUCACUUGGAUGACAGCACAAGGGCCAGCAGCCAGAGAGAUUAAUCAAAUGUGCACCACCCAGCAAGCCAGCUGUGACAGAGAAUUUGCCAGAGCUCUUAAGGUGUUCUACCAAAGCAUGAAUGUGGCCAGAGGGCAGUUUCUCAAACUGAGACAUUAUAAACCUCCUGAAGAUGAUCAAAUGCUUCGGCCAUUUGUACACCAACAGUCACAAAUGUUAAAGGACUUUGGGGACCUACUUGAAUCCAGCUUGUGGAAACUGAAAAAUGAUGUUGCUCUUAUAGUGAAACAGAAGAAAGAAUGUUUAUUGCAUGCGGAAUAGUGUUCAGUUCAGUCGCUCAGUCCUGUCC